AUGAUAGUUGGUACAGAAUUUGAUACAACAUUGGAGUUUCAAGAGAAGGAAGAUGUAAUUAAUGCAGUUAAACAAUAUUCCUUGAAUUGCAGUCGAGAAUAUGAAGUUGAUGAGUCAAGUUCGCGUGUUUGGUCAGUCGUAUGUAGGAACACUAAAUAUGGGUGUAGUUGGCAGUUACGUGCAGCAAGGCUAAAGAAACUUGGUAAAGGAUGGGACAUAACACGAUAUAAAGGUCCACACACAUGUGUUGCGAGGGCUAUAUCACUUGAUCACAGGCAAUUGGACUUAAAUUUUAUAUUCAACUGCAUAUUGGAAGGGGUGAAGAAAGAUCCAUUCAAGUCAGUUGGAAGUAUUAUCGUUGAAAUUCACAAUUGGUUGCAUUUCAAACCCUCCUAUAGGAAAGCAUGGGAGGCUAAACAGAAGGCUAUUGUCAGAAUUUGGGGUGAUUGGGAUGAAUCAUACCAACGUCUACCACAUUUCUUUGCAGCUCUGCAACAGACAAAUCCUGGAAGUGUUGUAUGGUGGGCAUUCGAUGAUCACACUCAUGUCAGGCAUCGUGCAGUUGAAUUCAACAAAAAAAUUUUGCGUCGACAAUUUUGGUCAUUCAAACCGGCUAUCGACAGUAUCGAGUUCACAAAGCCAGUGAUCCAAAUUGAUGGAACUUUCCUUUAUGGUAAGUAUAAACAUUCACUCCUAAUUGCAACAACCAUUGAUGGAGAUAACUCUGUAAUUCCACUGGCUUAUGCGCUAGUAGAGUCCGAGAAUGUGGACAGUUGGGGAUGGUUCAUGGCACUCCUUCGAACGCAUGUAGUAAGGUGUGAUGACAAUGAAUAA